AUGUCCUUUUCUUCCAACCCCCGUGUCGCGACGUCACUCAAGCGCAAGUCCCAAUUGUCAACAUUCUACGGUUGGCUCACGUACGUACACUUGGAAAACUUCAUCAUGUCGGACUCACCUGGUCAAAACCGUGAGGGCGACCUCGUCGAGGACUCAGCACGGAAAUUGGAUACGCCAAUUCCUAGGACCACUCACGGUGUCCCACCGGCUCAAAACGAUGGCAACAAUGAAGAGAUUGGCGAGUUGCGACGACAAGUGGGCCGUUUCGUGGUACACACCCAGCAGACUUUCGAUUCGCACUUGAUGCUGUUCCGCAUGGGUCUCCUGGUCACGGUCGCCACGUCAGUCAUGGCCUCACUCAAACUUAGCGGGCUGCUAAGCAGGUUCAACCACGUCGAUGACAUUCCAUUGUGGCAAUUUGCACGACGAAAGAAGCUGCGUGUCCGGAUGGUUCGCCAGUCACGUCAGGACGCCAGCGUCAUGUACGUGUACCACACACCACUUCUACAACGCACUGUACUACAAGACGUGCUACCAUCAAGAUUACACACUGAAGAUCAUGGGAGAAAGAAAAAGGAAGAGGAAACGAAAAGCGACUUGAUUGCGAUCCGACCAUUCGGCGUCCGUGUGGACGAGAGCUCGGUCGAGUGGAUUGAUUCGAACUUCGUGUCAUCGCAUCAGUACAUGACGAUUCAAUUGUUACAGCGGCAUGUGGAAAGCAGCGGGAGCCUAGCGAUCUGCAACAUCGCGCUGCGAAGGCCACUACGAAACAGAGACUUUGCUCAAGAGCUGGUAUCUCACGGAUACGCGGAGUGUAUUCCAGAGGAUCUGGAGAAAUACGACAAUGGAUCACACAGUGCAAAUUUGUCACCACUUGCUAAGCGCCUCAAGGAUCUCAAGGCGGCUCAGAAACGGGCUCAGAUCAUGCAGUACGGCAUCUGGAACGACUGGCAAGCAGACAAGCUCACGGACCGCGUCUUUUCAGUAGCGCGACGAACUACCAUCAAGGGAUUCCAAAACGUCGUCGACCGUAUUCGACAUUAA